UUCUGCUGCUUUGUUUUGUUUGGUCUUGCCAGUGCCAUUGCCACCCUAAAAAUUGAAAGAAUAUCACUAAAAAAAACUGUCCAAACAUCUUCACUAAAUUUAGCUCUCUCUCUAUUAUCUAUUUUCUUAAAUCAAAAUCUUCUCCUAUCAAUUUAUCCACAGAAUUUUUAUCUUCUCUUUUAUCUCCUAAUUCACCACCAUUAACACACUCACAAUCCAUCCAUGCUUUGUCAAUAAAGUGAAGAAAUUCCAGAAAAAGACGACAAAGAAAAGGUGGGUUUUCAGACCCAUCUCAUUUCCAGCUCUAUUCAACGAGAACAAGGAAAUAUUCAUGGAAAUGUACACAGUACUAUCCGUACUCAGUCUAUUCUGUUAAGGAUUCUGUUUCUUGCAGUUUCUGAUUCAACUACUGUAUCCAGAUACCUCGUGAAUGGAUCUAACAAUACGGUUCAGUGCACUGUAAAUUUACUGUUUGCUUCUUGUGUUUGCACAAUCUGGGUUUUCAUCUUCUGUGUUGGUUUUGCUAUGGAAGCAUGAUUUUGGGUACCCGUCUUGUGGAUUGAUAUUUGUAUUAUGAAAUUUUUUGUGGUGAGAUUUGAGUUGGGAUAAAGGAACCUAUCUGGUUGGUGCUUUUUGUUAUAUAUUUAUUUAUUUUUUUUUUUGGGUGGGCAGUAAUGUUGUCUGCAAAUGACCCUAUGGAAUCGUUUCUCAAUUCAAUUCAAGUGGUGAAAGAUGCACUCUCGCCGCUUGAACUUGGCAUUCGGAAAGCGGCUGAAGAUCUUGAGAGUUGCUGGGGAGUUUCUAAAAACACUAGGGUUAAUCAUCUUGAAUUCAGUUCCACUGAUAAUAGGAACCAUGACAACAAGGUUCAGAUUUGUGCUGUGAAAAAGAGAAGUUAUAGUUAUAGCAAUGGCAAUAAUGGGAACUCUGUGGCUGGUGAAGAGAGAAAGGAAGGUUUUUCCAUUAAGGUUCCUAUUAGAGCUUUGUUGGGCAUGUUUUCGCUGAAUAUGGAAAAUGAGCAUAAUAAGAACAAUGGAGGCAGAGGUGAGUCGGGGAAGAAAGGGUUGAAAGAUAGGGAAGCGGGGAGUGAAGAUGGGUCUUGCACAAAUUGUUUGCAGUUUGCAGUAACAUGGUCUUUGUUAGUUAGCGGCCUUGUUCAGGCAUUUCCUAGCCCUUUCAAGACAAGCAAAAAGGGGUUUCAGAAAGUAGGUGAUGAUGAUAGAGGUAAUUUGCAUUUGUGCAAAAAUGAGUUAAAAUCGAAGGUUUCCAGAGAAUUAAAGCAAAGGGAAUUACAAGGUCAGUAUGUUAAAGCAGUUCAAAAUGAUAGGGAAAACCAUAAAGAAGGGAAACAUGUAUCGCUUGAAUGCAUUAUAGGUUUUAUUUUUGAUCAACUGGCUUAUAAUCUACAGAAAUUUAAUCAGAGUUUGCAGCAAGCAGAUGUCAAAGGUUGUGACUAUGAUCAUUCAACUCCACCAUCAGAAUCCUCUCAGUUUGAUCAUUUGAGGGCAGUCAUGAGUAUUUGGGAAGGUCAAAAAGUGGACGUAAAUGGGUUUUUGGGGAAUUUGAAGUUUGCAAGAGUAGGAGGUGUGCCAUCAGGUAUAGUUGGAGUAUCUUCUUCAGUGAAUGAAGAAGGUGAUGAUGGUAUCAGUGCUGGCAAUGGGGAGGAAACUGGGGGUAGUUCACCGCAGAAGCUGGCAAGUGGAUUGCUCAGUAUUCCCUUAUCUAAUGUGGAGCGUUUGAGAUCUACAUUAUCUGCUGUUUCUUUGUCGGAGCUAAUUGAGCUUGUGCCACACCUGGGGCGAUCUUCUAAAGACUAUCCUGACAAGAAGAAGCUAUUCUCUGUCCAGGAUUUCUUUAGAUACACAGAGUCUGAAGGAAGGAGGUUCUUCGAGGAACUAGAUAGAGAUGGUGAUGGUCAAGUAACAUUGGAAGAUCUCGAGAUUGCAAUGAAAAAAAGGAAAUUACCACCGAGAUAUGCUCGGGAAUUUAUGCAGCGUGCUAGAAGUCACUUGUUUUCAAAAUCAUUUGGUUGGAAGCAGUUUUUGUCCUUGAUGGAACAAAAGGAACCAACCAUUCUCCGCGCUUAUACUUCUCUUUGUUUAAACAAGUCUGGGACCCUGAAAAAGAGUGAAAUAUUGGCAUCACUUAAAAAUGCUGGCCUUCCGGCAAAUGAAGACAAUGCUGUUGCUAUGAUGCGAUUUCUGAAUGCUGACACAGAAGAAUCUAUUUCUUAUGGGCAUUUUCGGAAUUUUAUGCUUUUGCUACCUUCUGAUCGACUUCAAGAUGAUCCUAGGAGCAUAUGGUUUGAAGCUGCUACAGUUGUUGCUGUGGCACCACCUGUGGAGAUGCCAGCUGGAAGUGUUCUAAGGUCUGCAUUGGCUGGGGGCCUAUCAUGUGCAUUCUCUUGUUCUCUAAUGCAUCCUGUUGAUACAAUAAAGACUCGGGUGCAAGCAUCAACCCUAAGUUUCCCAGAGAUCAUUUCAAAGCUUCCAGAGAUUGGUGUUCAGGGAUUAUACAGGGGUUCAAUCCCUGCAAUUCUAGGACAGUUUUCGAGCCAUGGUCUGCGAACUGGGAUAUUUGAAGCUAGUAAACUUGUGCUCAUAAAUGUUGCUCCAACACUCCCAGACAUACAGGUUCAAUCUAUAUCAUCUUUCUGCAGCACAUUUUUGGGGACAGCAGUCCGGAUCCCAUGUGAGGUGUUGAAGCAGCGCUUGCAGGCAGGUCUUUUUGACAAUGUAGGGCAGGCUAUUAUUGGUACUUGGCAGCAAGACGGUCUGAAGGGAUUUUUUCGUGGGACUGGUGCUACACUUUGCCGUGAGGUUCCAUUUUAUGUUGCUGGCAUGGGACUUUAUGCUGAAUCCAAAAAAUUUGCUCAACAACUUCUACGACGGGAGUUAGAACCCUGGGAAACAAUUGUAGUUGGGGCCUUAUCUGGAGGGCUAGCUGCCGUGGUCACUACCCCAUUUGAUGUGAUGAAAACUAGAAUGAUGACUGCACAGGGAAGAUCCUUACCGAUGACAAUGGUUGCCUGCUCUAUACUUCGUCAUGAGGGACCCCUUGGCCUAUUUAAAGGAGCAGUACCAAGGUUUUUCUGGAUUGCCCCUUUAGGUGCCAUGAACUUUGCUGGUUAUGAGCUAGCAAGGAAGGCGAUGGACAAAAAUGAGGAGACAUCAAGCGAUCAGCCGUCUCAGAAGAAGUUAACUAGUUCUGGAUAGCCUUUGUGAAACUUCAAAAACAUUUUAUACGGAGCCUCCAGGUUUUUGUUUUGUGAAUGCUGCUGGAAAGUUUUGUGCCCUUUCCGAAUUUUUAGCAGCAUAUACAACAGAUCAUCUGCCGACAAGUCUUCCCCCUCUCCCUUCCUUCUUCAGCCAAGACAUUGUACUUUUCAGUUUCUUGUUGCAAAAUUUCAUGGUCUAUUAAGGAUGGCUGCACAAGUCUUUUUUGCUUAAUCUUGUAUCUGCUUCAUUUGUGUAUAUUUCGUGUGCAGUUAAUUCUUUUCUUUCCUUAAUCUGAAAUUCUAAUUCUGUAUGGCAUGUACGUCUCUUUUAGGAGAAGAACUGUCUUUUUCCUCUCUAA